AUGAUGUUCAACCUCCCUGCUGCAACGUCGACCCACAAGUUCCCACGUCGUGCCAUCACCACUCCAGCUGGCGAAGUCAUGGCUCAACCUUAUAUGUUCCAGCUGGCAGGCAUUGCAAUGAGCGUGCCGGAGCUCGAUGAAGGCUAUGUGCUUGGACAGAACGACGAUGAGAUGUUCGAAAAAGUGUUGCCAAUCGACCGUCAGUUGCGCUCGUUGAAAGCAGAGACCCCGAAGCAAUGGUGGCGAGAAACCGACGAUACACUAUCCGCCGACUUACUCCUUCAAUUCUGGCACUACUAUCUCACCACUAGGAUACAUCUGCACGCAGCAAUGAGCGAGGACGAUCACGAUCAGUACGCCUACAGUCGUAUCACCUGUAGGGAAGCGACCGAGUGUAUGGCUCGCCGCUAUCCCACCGUGCGGCGCCUCUUACCGACAGGCUUCUUCGUUAGCCGCAUUGUCGACAUGCAAGUCUUUACGGCAGCAACGUUCCUGUGCCUUUCAUACAUGAAACAGAGCCGCAAAGGCGCUUCGGUGUUGGAUGAGUCGAACGGUCUCGUCUUCGUCGAGGAAAUCGUUGCCACGAUGGAUUCCGUCGCCGGUCAACCAGGAUCUGAAUUUGUCGAAGAAGCAUCCUCAGCAAUACGGUCUCUCUUAGCCAUGAUCAGAGAUCCUAGUGGGUCAUCGAGCGAGUCUCGAAGCCUGACAUUACGCAUCCCACUACUCGGCAAGAUCAGAAUCGGCCGCAAGCAACUACCUCCGGCGUCACAACCAUCGCAGGCAAACCUCGCUAGCUUUGGGACCGUGGAGUCGCAGCAGCCUUCGACGAAUAUGUCUCAUGCUGGCAUACAAAUGCCAGCAAGCGAUUCGAGAAUGCCGCAGCCAAUGAAUGAAACAUACAAUACAGGUAUUGCCAACACUUUGCCUUGGCUCAUGGAGCUGGACAUGAACCCGUCUUCGCUACAGGACCCUUUCUUCUACCAGGAUGCGAGCCAACUCGACCAGUGGCUUGGCUUCAGCGAGAAUAUGGGCUACUAG